AUGGCCCACCACGGCGUGAUCCGUCACCCGCGGUUUGGCCGCCUGGGGAGGAGGAACCGGCCAGUACACACUCACAGCGGUAUCGGGGCACAUCAACCUUCCCUCGAAGGGCGGUCAAGUGGCUCCAACGAUCAAAUCAACCGCGACUUUCGGGACACUCGGUUUGCGCAGAGCGAUCGGGGCCAAUGGCUGGGAAAACGCCAGACCCCUACACCGGAGGAUCAGACAACGACGCAGGCAACUGUAGUUCCUGAUAUGGGGGGUGCUGCCCAAACGACUCUGGCGAACCCGACCACCGCCAUCCCGGCAGCAACGUCGGAGGCCACUACACCGUCGGAGAGCAGCACGGCAAACUCGGACAGCUCUACCGGGGCUAGCACCACUUCGCCCGCCGCAACUACUUCCACCGCAGUUCCUUCGUCGACAAAGACCCCGGUGGACACGACUAGCAGUGACUUGACUUCGACAACGGUCACCUCCGAAUCCUCGACUUCCUCUGUGUCAGCACCCACUACCACGCCUGUCUCCUCAUCGACAGACACCCUCACUUCAAGCAAACCGCUACCUACCUCGGAGACCACUCAGUCCAGCGCUAUCCCCCCCACCACCACCACUCCCGCCUCAACAACCCUCAGCUCGACUGAGACGUCCACGUCGGACUCUAGCACUACCACCACAACGUCCCUAUCAACGACAGAGACCCCGUCCAUAACCUCGACAACAACGACUGACAUUACUUCAACAACCACUACUUAUUUUGGUGGAGGCGGCUGGAACGGGGCCGGAGGCGGCGGGUCGUGGACAGGUACGGCUACGGGCACGGCCACUACAGGGAUGGACCAAACCCCCUACGCGACCACCACUGCCGCUGCAGGCUCCGGCAGCUCCCUUGACAGCGAAACCAAAGGAAAGAUUGCCGGGGGUGUGGUUGGAGGGGUAGCUGGCAUUGUCAUGUUGAUCGUCCUGGCGCUUCUCUUGUUCAAACGGCGAAAAGCUGCGUUUCAGCAGCCACGCGGCCUCCCGUCCAACGAAGGAACGGGCGCCGCAGCGGGCCAUGAGUCCGCCCCACGGUCUGCCGAGAUGGCCUCCCGACGAUCCAGCAACGACCCGCUCUUCACGGCCUCAUAUUUCGCGCCUGCGUUUGUGAAGCGUUGGCGACAAUCGAACCAUACGACACGCACGGAUAGCACCCUCUCAUCCAGCAGCGAGCGUGGGUUCCAGAAGAUCGCUGGACGGAAAAUCCCCUCUGUUUUGCAGUCCGGCGGAGAUGGAUAUGGCGGUGCUCCUUUCGGCGAAACGUCCCCGACGGUCUCGGAGCCCAGCAGCAUUUUCCCCUCAUCGCCGCCUGUUCAACCUCGGACGUCGCUGUCCCAACCACCGCCCACCCAUCCGUACGGCAUACCGCUGGAUGCCAGCUACACCCGGGAGGCGGAGGAGUCGGUGAUCUUCCGCCCAUCGCCUGCUCGAACGCCCAUCGCAGGGUCGUCGAAUUUAAGCUCCGCCAAUUACGGCGCGCCGAUUGCACAUGUCACGGUGCCGUCUCCCCGCAUUCUGAUACUACCUCGUCUCCUCCAUAUCUUCAUAUCUUCACCUCACCUCCUCCCUUUCCCUCCCUCCCUUUCCCUCUACCGCACCACCACCAUGACCGGCUCCCACCAGCCACAACCUCUCCGCUUUCUCGUCAUCGGCGCGGGCUCCCGCGGCGUCGCCUACGGCCGCGCCGUGACCAGUGCCACGCCAGGAACCAUCCAUGCCGUCGCGGAGCCUCACGCCUUCAAGCGCACCGAAUUCGGCCGCAACUUCAUCUGGGGCACGGGCGAGCCACAGAACGGCCAGUCUUUCAGCGACUGGCGCGAAUGGCUCGAGUGGGAGCAGCGUCGGCGCAACGACCCGCACAGCACCGCCGUCGGCGUCACGGGCGUCUUCAUCUGCACGCUGGACGAAACGCACGCCGAGAUCCUCCACGCCAUCGCGCCUCUUAAUCUACACAUCCUCUGCGAAAAGCCCCUGACGCUCUCCCUCGCCGACUGCCUAUCCGUCUACCGCGCGCUGCAGCCCACCGACCGCAUCUUCAGCAUCGGCCACACGCCAGCCGGCGACGGCUCCCUACUGACCAAGUCCUGCCACGACAUCGACUUCAUCAUGUGGCUGCUAUCGUCCCCCGAGGCCGGCCCCGACGGCGCGCCCGCCCCCGCCACCGCAUCCCCCCACCAUCCACGCACCAUCUCGUCCACGGGCGCGCUGACGCAGUUCCGCCGCGCGCGCAAGCCGCCGCACGCCGGCGCCGCCACCAACUGCGUCUCGUGUCCCGCCGAGCGGGACUGCAUUUACUCGGCAGUCAAGAUCUACCGCGACAUGCACCUGGCGCGCGGAGAGGUCGACUGGCCGGUCAACAUCGUCUGCCCGGAUAUCGAGGACGUCGUGCGCACGUCGUCGCCCGCCGCCGCCGAGGCGCAUCUCCUCCGCCGGCUCGAGGAGGACUACACCCCCGGCACACCAGACGCAGCGGUUGCGGCGCGGCCCUGGUACGGGCGGUGCGUGUACGAGGCGGACAACGACGUGUGCGACGACCAGGUGGUGACGAUCGCGUGGGACGACGAGAGUGCGGAUGGCGGGAGACCCGCCAAGACGGCGGUGUUCCAUAUGAUCGCGCCGACGGAGAAGCAGUGCGAGCGGCGCGGGCGCGUGUACGGCACGCGCGGCGAGCUGACCUACGAUUCGCGCACGAUCACCAUCUACUCGUUCGAGACACGCGAGACGCGCACGAUCGAGGUGCCGCGCCAGCCACCCGAGGAGGAGAAGAGCCACGGCGGCGGGGAUUAUGGGCUGGCGCGCAGCUUUGUGCGGGCGGUCGAGGCGGUGGAGGCGGAGGGUUGGGCAGUGGACGAGGCGCAGAGACGGUUUGUUGGGUGCACGUUGGAGGAGGCGGUGCGCAGUCACGCCGUGGUGUUUGCGGCCGAGGAGGCGAGAAGAGAGGAGAAGGUGGUGCGGUGGAAGGAGUGGUGGGGGGGUUAUAUGGAUGAUAUGGCCUGA